AUUCCCCUCUUGUUCCGUGUCACAAUUUUGUAUUCCGAGAUAUUUAUUAACCAAUUUCACAUCACAACAUUGCCGAAGUUUGAAAAGUGUUUUUAAAAAUAAAUAAUAUAAUAAGUAAUCAUAAUCAUAUGUGGGCUCAUUAAGCAAAUAAGUUCUCAGCCUAAGCAAUGUUGAACAUUACCAGGUUUUGCAAGUUUCGCUGUAGCUCAGUUUUGCCUCAGGCUAGAUUAGUUUUUAGUAACUCUAGAAAGGAUUUAUUACUGAAAAAUGGACAGGCUAGGAGGCACAUUUCUCAAGCACUUAGACAGCAUUAUUCCCAAGACAAAACUUUGUUCAAGCAGUUUCUGAGAGGUAGUGGCACAGUGGCAGUGCGCCUUGGCUCAGAUGCAGCUAACAAAGGACAAAAGGCAGUUGGGUACUGGUUGCUAACGUGCAGUGGAAUGGUGUUAGGUGCUGUUGUGUUAGGUGGAGUUACCAGAUUGACUGAAUCAGGUUUGUCAAUGGUAAAUUGGCGACUGCUUGGAGAAAAAAUGCCUAGAACUCAACAAGAAUGGGAGGAAGAGUUCCAAAGAUACCAACAGUUUCCAGAAUUUAAAAUUAAAAAUAAGGAGAUAACAUUAGAGGAGUUCAAAUUCAUUUGGCACAUGGAAUACGGGCACAGAAUGUGGGGUAGAUGCAUAGGGGCAAUGUUUCUGAUACCAGCCACGUAUUUUUGGGUUAGGGGCCGCCUGACACCAGCCAUGAAAAAAAGGGUGUUGGUGUUCGGCAGUUUAAUAGGAGCACAGGGUCUGAUGGGAUGGUACAUGGUAAAAUCAGGCUUGGAGGAUCGCUUUCAUGAACCGUCAGACGUACCCAGAGUGUCCCAGUACCGUUUGGCAUCUCACCUCAGCUUGGCUUUUAUUUUGCAUUCCCUAUUUCUAUGGUCCGCCUUGGACAUCUUAGCUCCUGCCCAAACAAUUAAUAUUAGCGGAAAUGCGCUGAAGGCAGCCAGAAAAUUCAGAGGCAUGGUGCAUGGAGCGAAAGCCUUGGUGUUUUUGACAGCCUUUUCAGGUGCAUUUGUAGCAGGCCUAGACGCCGGUCUGGUUUACAAUUCGUUCCCAAAAAUGGCCGAUAGGUGGAUCCCAACAGAUCUGCUAGCCUACACUCCCAAACUGUCCAAUUUUACCGAAAAUCCAACAACUGUGCAGUUUGAUCACCGCAUACUUGGUACAACGACUUUGGCAUACCUUACGGCGAUAUAUUUUAUUUCAAGAAAGAGACAGUUACCCCCAAGAGCAUACACAGCAGCGGCUGUGCUGGCAGCACUUGGAUAUUUGCAGGUUUCCAUCGGAAUAGCGACAUUAAUAAACUACGUACCUACCGACUUAGCUGCAACUCACCAGUCUUGUUCUCUAGCAGUAUUGUCAGCAGCCAUUUGGCUGUCACACGAACUCAAAAAGUUACCGAAAGUGUAAGAUGAAUCAUGCGUUUGACUCAAUCGUUUGGUCACAGCUUUUCAAUGUUUGUUAUUGUUUUUUUUUGUACAUAUUUUUGUUAUUCCUACUGUUUCAUACUGUAUUUUAUGAACUUAGAUGAAUACUAAUAAAUGAAAUAUUUCUGAUAACA